AGUUCCUCUCGAGUUUCGUAUUUUAUCAGAGGCAAGUUUUCAUAGAAAAUUGUACACCCAAAAUGAAGUCAUUUGUCUGUGGAUUUGUCGUUCUGAGUGCUGUGGUUGCACUUAGCAGGGCAUGGCCCGUCGGCGAAAACCAACCACAGCUGAUUGAGGUGGUCCAACUGGAGGAUAUCGCCAUGUUACCGGUACAGCAAGAAUCGACCGACCGUGUUAAGCGGCAGUUUGGUGGCUUCGGAGGCGGUGGCUUCGGCGGAGGCUUCGGUGGAAGUCAUGGAGGACACGGAGAAUAUGGGCAUGGUAAUUAUGGUCACGGCGGACAUGGACACGGAGGAUAUGAGCACGGUUAUGGGCAUGGUCAUGGACACGGUCACGGUGGAUAUGAACACGGGCAUGGACAUAGUCACGGCGGAUAUGAGCACGGUCAUGGACAUGGCCAUAGUCAUGAACACGAACAUGGACACGGUCAUGGUCAUGGACAUUUCUAAUUUCUGUUAUCUGUGAUGAAUUUAAAUUG